AGAAUUGUUUGAUACAAGCAAUUAUAACAACUUAUAAAGAUGUAUUAGUUUUUUUUUAAGCCCUGAAGGUUUGUUUACAAAAAACAACACAAAACGAAAAUAAACAUUAAAUUGGCAAGGUAGAGCAAUCAUAAACAUAAUGGAAAUUUGCAUAGAUAGAUAAAUUAUUUUUAUUGGAUAUUCACUGUAGUUGCCAGCCUGAUGACCCACUUAAAAAAUGGCGCCAACAGCUGAUUUCAGCCGGCUUUUAUUUACUUCUUUAAUUCGUUUGCAAAUCGCCGACGAUUUCUCGGCUGUUUGAUCAAUAAUCCCCCGGAAUAAUUCCAAAUGCGGAGGUGUUGAGACACCUUCCGUGUGUAGGGCCAUCAUAUCACGCAAUCCCAUUGAGGACAUGCCAUCGCAUCGCGAUGACAAACUUUCUGGAUCAGUUGCCUAAGCAUAUCAGGGAAAUCGCUGAGCAGGUUAAUGUCCUUGCUCCUGAGGAGGUGCUGACAACUCCGAAGAUCCGAUUCCUGGACACUAGGCAACAAUCGCUAUAUACACUCGUUCGAAAAUGUACUCCAGAUGAUGUAAGAGUGCUGAAGGAUGCGGCGGCUAAGUGGCUGGCAGAGAUGCCACAGGCAGCUGAUUCACUCUUUAAGCCCCUGGCCAAUGUGAGAUGGUCUCGGGUGUCUUUUGGAUGUUCUGCCCUAGAUCGUUGCACGGGUGGAGGAGUGGUAACCCGGGGAAUUACGGAACUCUGCGGAGCAGCUGGCGUCGGCAAGUCCCAGCUACUUCUCCAGUUAUCCUUGUGCGUCCAGCUGCCCACCGAGCUGGGAGGUUUGGGCAAGGGGGUGGUCUUCAUUUGCACGGAGAGCGCCUUUCCUGCGAGAAGGUUGCUGCAAAUUAGUAAGGCCCUUGCAAAACGAUAUCCCCAGGAUAAACUGAACUUCCUGGGCAAUAUCUUUGUGGAACAUCAUUACGAAACCGAAAAACUCCUACAUUGCGUAAUAAACCGACUGCCACGACUUAUGCAACAACAUGGCAUUGGCCUGAUCAUCAUCGACUCCGUUGCUGCCGCAUUUCGAUUCUACACCGAUUACUUAGAACGUGCCAGGCAGAUGCGUCGGAUGGCCGAUGCUCUUUUAAGUUACGCUGAUAAGUAUAACUGUGCCGUGGUCUGUGUCAAUCAAGUGGCAGCCAGUGGUGGUCAGGAUGAGGUUCCCUGCCUGGGAUUACAGUGGGCACACCUAGGACGAACCAGAUUGCGCGUUUCACAGGUGCCCAAGCAGCAUAAGCUGGUAGAUCAUUUAAUUACCGUGCGCAAACUGGAGAUCCUCUAUUCGCCAGAGACACCCAAUGAUUUUGCAGAGUUCCUCAUCACUGAGGAUGGAGUAGUCGAUGUUCCGGAGCCAGCUUACACCCGCCAACCAGCCAAAAUGCGUCGUCUGUGAUCGAUUUAAUGUAUUCUGUUUAUUUUGUUUUCGUUUAAUUUGUUGAAUUUAAAAUGUUUAACGGCAGAGCUUUCAAUCAGCCAUAUUGUUGUUUAAUACUAUUGUUAAAUUCAGCGGAUAUUUCAGUAAUAUGUUUUUUAAUUAGUUUGAACAAGUUUAAGCUUGUAUAACUUUAGAUUUCAAUGUUGUUUAUUUAUUUGAUUGUGUAUAGAAAACAAAUAAUAUUCAUUUAUUUUUCGAUUUAAGAAUUCUUACUUGUCUUACGACUCGAAAGUUAGGAAACCAACCAUGUUUAAUUCAAAAGAUCGUGUGUCCCUUGCAAUACCGCUAAAUUUAAUAAUAGUUUAAACUAUUUUCCAGGCUAUAUCUUCUCAUUUCUUGCCUUAAUUCCAUUUUUUUGUACAAACACUCAAUAAAUAUGUUUCAUUCAAUAGCAA